ACACACGGUGAGGUGGAGAGGCGCAUCGUGUCCCAGCUCCUCACACUCAUGGACGGCCUAAAGCAGCGCGCUCACGUCAUCGUCAUGGCAGCCACCAACAGACCCAACAGCAUUGACCCCGCCCUGAGGCGAUUUGGUACCAUCUCUCCUGUGCACUUGUAGACCUAGAAUGUAACAGUUUCAGUUCUGAGUUUAUGUCGGAGGCGUCUCGUAUUUGAUAUAUCUUUGAAUAUCUUCAUCCUAUGUUGAUUCUUUGUCAUUACUAGCUGUGAAUCAGCAGGGUUGAUGUUAACAAAUAAAUAAUAUGAAAUGGAAUUAUAUGCUGGUUAGUGAGACUUACCUUGACUGUGUGACGUCUCUCUUCAGGGCGUUUUGACAGGGAGGUGGACAUCGGCAUCCCUGACGCCACAGGCAGACUGGAGAUCCUCCAGAUACACACCAAGAACAUGAAACUGUCCGACAAUGUGGACCUCGAGCAGGUGUGUGUGUAUAGCACUACUGUCAUUUACAGAGUGAGGUCUGCAAUGAAACUCACCACCACCAUUUUGUGUGUAUGCAAGGUAGAAUAAAAAGUUGGGAGUGGGUUUUCAAGUUAACUCACUGCCAUAUUGAUUCGGUGUCUGUAUCGCUACUGUAUGUGUGCCCAUGUCUAUCUGUGUCCUCCAGGUUGCCAAUCAGACUCACGGCCAUGUGGGUGCUGACCUGGCCGCUCUGUGCUCUGAAGCCGCCCUGCAGGCCAUCAGGAAGAAGAUGGAUCUCAUCAACCUGGAGGACGAAACCAUUGACGCAGAGGUCAUGAGCUCCCUGGCUGUCACCAUGGAUGACUUCAGAGUAAGGAACUGGAUUAUUGUCUCCUUUAACACACGCACCACUCAAAGUAGCUUAUACUGCACAGAUAACUUUAUUCACCUUCUGUUUUCCAUCACUAUGUAAAUCUGCAGCAUCCAGCAAUUGUCUUUUUGCUAAUGGUCUGAGGACAGCACUUUAUUCUUAAGUUAUCUUCCCGUAAUGUGACCAGUAACCAUUAAGCAUUAGAACCAGUUGUAGCAGACAAUCUCUUAGCCAGCAGCACUAACCGGUUUGUAUGCGUGUUGUGUUUCAGUGGGCUCUAAGCCAAAGCAACCCGUCUGCACUGAGAGAGACGGUGGUGGAGGUGCCCAACGUCAGCUGGGAAGACAUCGGAGGUCUGGAGGACGUCAAGAGGGAACUCCAGGAGCUUGUACAAGUAAGCCAUGUUACUGAUACGAUUCAGCUUUAUAUGCCAUGAAAGCUAAUAUGUCAUUUGUUGAUUUUGUAUCAAUAGAGUUCGAGUAAAAAUGGCAGUUCAAAUCUCUGGUCUGUUUUGCUUGUCUGUAGUGGGUCUUGUGACGAGUCUGAAUGCUGAAUCCCUUUCAUAGUGAAUUAACAGUUUGAUUAACCUUCAUGUUCUGUGCUUCUCUUCAGUACCCUGUGGAGCACCCAGACAAGUUCUUGAAGUUCGGCAUGACCCCGUCCAAGGGCGUGCUGUUCUACGGGCCCCCAGGUUGUGGUAAGACCCUGCUGGCCAAAGCUAUCGCCAACGAGUGCCAGGCCAACUUCAUCUCCAUCAAAGGACCUGAGCUGCUCACAAUGUGGUUCGGAGAGUCCGAGGCCAAUGUCCGAGAGAUUUUCGACAAGGUAAGGCUAAACCGAUUUAUCUUUUUUUUUUUUUUUUUUUUUUUUUUUUUUUUUUACCGAUUUAUCAUGGCUUUCAGAUCUCUCUAACCUCAGAUUUACAUGUAUUUGAACUGUUUUUGUAUAUUUGUAUUGAUUGUAUGGCAUCUCAUUGUUGUGUUACACAAAGAUGGUUAAUAAAUGUGAAACCUGGGAUGUGUUUAUUAGGCACCAAACAGAAGAAAACCGACUGAAACGGGAGGGACCUACCUUGACUUUUCCGUUGCAAAACCUAUAUUGCACCCUCCUAAACCCUCUUAUGUUCCAGGCUCGCCAGGCCGCCCCCUGUGUGCUCUUCUUUGACGAGCUGGACUCCAUCGCCAAGGCGCGUGGCGGCAACGUGGGGGAUGGUGGCGGAGCGGCCGACCGUGUCAUCAACCAGAUCCUGACAGAGAUGGACGGCAUGUCCAGCAAGAAGAACGUCUUCAUCAUCGGCGCCACCAACAGGUCGGCCCUCUUAACCGCUCACUCUGCUUCACUGUUAUUCUUACUCAUUUCGUGUUUAACACUAGAACCGCUGGGCCUCGAGGGACCCCCCUUCAAGCUAAUGAGCAGUCAUUCAGACUGGAACAUUCUAGCAAUGUAAUUAAUAAAUUUCAUAUGUGCUAUCACUAAAAUAAUAAUGUGGUUGUGUUUAUGAAGGUAACAUUACAAUACACAUUUUUUUCUUUCUACAAAUAACACAAUAGCAUUUCUAUUAGUUAUUAAUGCCCAUGAUUUUGGAAUGAGAUGUUCGACGAGAAGGUGUCCACAUACUUUUGGUCGGGUAGUGUAUAUUUGAGAUGCUUUUCACUGACGGCCACAACUCAAUCAGCAAGACAUAUUGCCACGUGCGCUGCCAAAAUUGUGCUAUUCCCAAGUAGGCAUAGGCCUACACACUUGUGAUUUGAAACGAUGAACAGCAAUUUUUUUGGCAAAUCAUACAUGUACGUUAGGGGAAACCAGCAUCCUAAUAGUGUACUGUACGCCCGCCAACUUUCCUUUCCAAUUCGCAAGAGGCUUAAACCAGAGAUCUGUAUAUAAUGACGAGAUGCUCAUGUCUCUGCCCUAACGAUGGGUGUCGUUGUCCCAAAGGCAGGAAGGCAGCCGACAAGCUUAGGUCUCCAAAUGAUGCCCAUAGAAACACAUUGGGCUUAUUCUGGACAGAUUUUGGUGAGAGUGAGUCCUCUCGUGUCGCCUCUUCCUCUCUGCUUGAACUCUCUCACCGGAGAACGCAUCCGAGUGAGCGAAACAGCGCCCCUCUGUCUUACUAUAUGUAACCCAUGUAUAUGAUGCUGUCUGGCCAGAAAUAGUAUGACAUGCCAUACUAUUUUGGUCCAGACAGCAUCAGAUACAUGGUCUACACCAGAGUUCACCAACCUUUUCUGAGUCAAGGUCACUUUGAGUCAAAAUGCAAGCCGAGAUCUACCGCUCAGAUUUUAACAACAUGAACCAAUUAAAAACAGUUCUGUAGCAAUGAGGUUUGUGCAGUAGGCUAUAGGCCCAAUACAUUAUCACUGCAUAUUGGCUAUGCUUGAAUUGCCCUGCCAAUGUUGCUCUUCUCAGAUCAUUUAGAAAUUAUAUUUAAAACAUGUAGGUAUAUGAUCACACUGGUAAUAGAUCAUGUGUUGUAUUACUUGUGAGGCACAGCUAAGUGAUCAUAAUAUAUAUAAAUAUAUAUAUAUAUAUAUAUAUAUAUAUAUAUAUAUAUAUAUAUAUAUAUAUAUAUACAUACACUACCGGUCAAAAGUUUUAGAACACCUACUGAUUCAAGGGUUUUUCUUUAUUUUUACCAUUUUCUACAUUGUAGAAUAAUAGUGAAGACAUCAAAACUAUGAAAAAAAAGUGUUAAACAAAUCAAAAUAUAUUUUAUAUUUGAGAUUCUUCAAAUAGCCACCCUUUGCCUUGAUAACAGCUUUGCACACUCUUGGCAUUCUCUCAACCAGCUUCAUGAGGUAGUCACCUGGAAUGCAUUUCAAUUAACAGGUGUGCCUUCUUAAAAGUUAAUUUGUGGAAUUUCUUUCCUUAAUGCGUUUGAGCCAAUCAGUUGUGUUGUGACAAGGUAGGGGGGGUAGACAGAAGAUAGCCCUAUUUGGUAAAAGACGAAGUCCAUAUUAUGGCAAGAACAGCUCAAAUAAGGAAAGAGAAACGACAGUCCAUCAUUACUUUAAGACAUGAAGGUCAGUGAAUCCGGAAAAUUUCAAGAACUUUGAAAGUUUCUUCAAGUGCAGUCGCAAAAACCAUCAAGCGCUAUGAUGUAACUGGCUCUCAUGAGGACCGCCACAUGAAUGGAAGACCCAGAGAUUUCUGGUUCCAACCGCCGUGUCUUUGUGAGACGCGGUGUGGGUGAACGGAUGAUCUCCGCAUGUGUCUUUCCCACCGUAAAGCAUGGAGGAGGAGGUGUUAUGGUGUGGGGGUGCUAUGCUGGUGACACUCUGUGAUUUAUUUAGAAUUCAAGGCACACUUAACCAGCAUGGCUACCACAGCAUUCUGCAGCGAUACGCCAUCCCAUCUGGUUUGGUCUUAGUGGGACUAUCAUUCGUUUUUCAACAGGACAAUGACCCAACACACCUCCAGGCUGUGUAAGGGCUAUUUUACCAAGAAGGAGAGUGAUGGAAUGCUGCAUCAGAUGACUUGGCCUCCACAAUCCCCCGACCUCAACCCAAUUGAGAUGGUUUGGGAUGAGUCGGACGGCAGAGUGAAGGAAAAUCAGCCAACAAGUGCUCAGCAUAUGUGGGAACUCCUUCAAGACUGUUGGAAAAGCAUUCCAGGUGAAGCUUGUUGAGAGAAUGCCAAGAGUGUGCAAAGCUGUCAUCAAGGCAAAGGGUGGCUACUUUGAAGAAUCUCAAAUAUAAAAUACAUUUUGAUUUGUUUAACACUUUUUUGGUUACUACAUUAUUCCAUAUAUUCCAUUUAAUAGUUUUGAUGUCUUCACUAUUAUUCUACAAUGUAGAAGGGAGGGAGGGAGCAGUGGUGAGGCUGCCUCUCACCCGACUCACCGUCCUGCCUCCCUCCGCUGAGAAAAGGGGACUGUCGUCCAGCUGAUGGCGAAACUCAAGUCACACUGCAUUAUUUCUGCCUCAUGCACCAAUUCAUGUUGUUCUCCUAUGACCAGAGAAAGUGAAAUAUUCCUUGAUAUUAAAAAGACAAGCCGCUAAUAAUAACAACGGAAGCUUAUCGGAACACUUUGCUAUACUCAUUCAUUGCAGCUGCAGUGCUGGUGGCUUAUACAGCUUAUAUGGUUCAUAAAGGUGUUGAAUAAAGUGUUGACAGCGCUGAAUAACUUAAACAUGAACUUACACAUAAAAACAGCAGCUCUUUGCUGUAUUCGUUGAGUCUCUCUCUAGUGAUGGUUUUAAAAGUUGUGUAAUCUCACAAUAUGAACUUUGCUGUCAGCAUUCAAGGCUUCUUUUUACAGUCUAUGGCUUGAGGAAACUGCAGCCUCGGUGAUCUGAGCUAUCUGAUUGGCCAGCAGUAGGCUUACAGGUGCACUUGAUUUGCUCUCUGGGCCUGCCGGGUAGCCGGAGUUCUACCUUCAGACACAUGAAAUGGUUCAAAAUCAGUCAAAUAAAUGAUCAAUUAUAUAAAUAUUUUAUUUGGACGGGCAAGAAGGUAUGGUAGGGCGGUCCAGGCUCCCUAAGGCCCGCCCAUAACGCCGGCCCUGCUGUCUUCACCGGCGUAAGGAAUGAGACACCAAAAUAUUCUGGAAAUUCCUUGCGAUCACUUUUUUUCCAGCACUUGGGCUGUUGUUGCAUCGCAUUCGCUCUCACAACAGCUGUUUGUCACGUCACUGUCAUUUGGAAAAUUCCUUCCUGGAUCAGUUGAUGAUGAUGAGUGAAAAUAUCACGGCGUAACUAAUCAGCCCGACACCAUGCGCAUCCAACAAGUAUUAUGCAUAAUUAUUGAAGAACCACGUUAAUGACUGUAUCGAUUUAGGUUUUAAGUAUCAAGGUAUGGUGACCCUUUCGGUUAGAAGCAUUCGAUUUUGCAAUGCAUAUUAUUUUGGAUUUGUGUGCCCAUGAAAACUGUUUUCACCCCAUAACAUAAGGACACACGAAAUGUUAGCUAGUUACACUGCAUUUCUGAGCUCUCUGUACAAAAAACUGUCCGACAGUUAGAUCCAGGUUUCUUACAGGGUUCAAUGUCUAAUUUAACUCAUGAAUGCUUAAUAUAUGAUAUAACGACAACUUACACUGCCAUAAAUGCAAGGACAGAAAUAUAAUGUUUUAUGUCGCACGAUUUUGGACAAAUCUGUCAAGACACCAACCAUGAUAAAGGGUUAAACAGGUUUUAAAUCAACUCGUGAAUUUGAUUGAAUAUAGCUAUGUUCCCCCCUUAUAUCUUAAUUUAAUGACAUGAAAAAAAAAAGGCUGAUUAUUAUCAAUGACUUAUCAACCGCUGUAACAAGUUGUCCAGUGUAGGAAAUCCUCACUGGUACCCUAGUUUAUAGAAAGACCUUUAUGUGUCUAUGACCGCAGUCAAAAAUAGUCAAUUAUUGUCAGCUCGUGCUUACAUGGUCUGCAUCUUCAUGCAAUGGCAUAAGUUGGCGCAUGUCCAUGUUACAUAAACACCGAAAGCGGGUGAGUGCGUUGCUGAUCUUGUUUUUUGCUUGAGAUGUAGGGCCUGCUCUCUGUGAUGACAUUUUGUGCUGAUAAUCGGCCAGUAGCAUUGUCACCGGCUUCUUCUGUCCAAAUGGUGCCGUCCUUUCCUCUCUCCUGUCUCACCGUUUCAUUUGGUGAUGCGCUUGGGCCUCAGAGGUGUAUGUUCAGGCUAGAUUGAAUUCGGUGGAUUGAUAUAGGGUACAUAGCAUUUUGAGAUAAUUAGAAUAGAUCAAUACAUAUUUCUAGCUGGUUGCUGCUUGGUUUUACUUGCAAUUAUCAUAUGUGGUAGUCUCCCAUACUUUAGUUGAAUGCACUUAGUUCUUAGGUGGACAAUAAGGUACUGUAUAAUGAGGUGUAGAAUGGUUUGUAUAGAAAUGUAGGUUCAGUUUAAUGACUAAACUGUGUGCUGUACCAGGCCUGAUAUCAUCGACCCGGCCAUCCUGAGGCCCGGCAGACUGGACCAGCUCAUCUACAUCCCCCUGCCAGACGAGAAGUCCCGCAUUAACAUCCUCAGCGCCAACCUCAGGAAGUCGCCCAUCGCCAAGGCAAGCCUCUAUUUAUGUGUAUUUGGCCAUGCGCUGACAUUGUGCUGACUGAACUGUUUUUCCCACCUCCUCAGUCAGCAUGUUCUGGUGUGAGGGGUGGGGUUAGGGCUUAUCAUAUGUUUUAAUUCCAGGCUGGGCUUCAUGUAAUGGGUAUUGAUUGUAGAAAAUGGGUUUGUGGAAAGGUUGUUGAUAUGGAAAUUGCUGUGUGUGGGGAAACAUCUAUGUGUUUUAUAAUCCCAUUACUGUUUUGAUCUUUUUCUGGAAGUGGUUUUAACACUCCCUGUCUGAUUAUAGGAUGUGGACUUGGAUUUCCUGGCCAAGAUGACCAAUGGUUUCUCUGGAGCUGACCUGACAGAGAUCUGCCAGAGAGCCUGUAAGAUGGCCAUCAGGGAGUCCAUCGAGAAUGAGAUCAGGAGGGAGAGAGAGAGGCAGACCAACCCCUUAGCCAUGGUGAGUUUAAUCACUACUGCAUCUUUAUUUAUUCAAUGACACGGUCUAGACCAGGGGUCGGAGAAAAUAUAAACAAGUGAUUUUUAUCCCCCCCAAUGUUUUUAUUCUGCUGUUGCUAGCGAAAUUCAUAAACACAUUUUGAAUUACAUACCUACAGUAGAAAAGAGGAGAAUAUCCUCUUUCUAAUAAUGUCCAGUAGCGGUGCGGGGGUAAAAUCAAUGGGGAUGCCAAGCCCCCCAAAAAAGCCAUGUUACAACCUGUGUUGUGAUAAUUGCGCUGUUUGCUCUAUAACCUGUUAGUUCAUUUGCCUUGCCACCGUGAUACAGUAUAUAGGCCUAAGGCCGAGACAAUAAGAAGACACAGUGGCAGAAUAAAUUCAACCACCCCUUUCUUUCAUCAGAAAACCGGAGAGCAACAUCUAUCCGGUGAAGUCCACAAAGCAUAUUGCAUGUAACAAACAGUUACAUGACCUACAGCAUGGUCAAGUAAGUUAAUGUUUCCGACUACUAAACUAUUGAUUUAGAACCAUGGAGAGUUACUGCAAGUCGCAAAGAAAACAGGAGCUGCCUCCACUAUUUCAGCACCAUUUCAACUUCAACAUUUCAACAUCAUCAAAUCACCUAUACUUAGUCUAAUACAGUGACUAAAAGAUACCAAAAACUAUUUAGUCCAAUCAACAUAAGCUAAAUAUGAUGUCUGUCCAUGUCUCUGAUUUCUCUGUGUAUGCGGCGUGCAAGUAGACAAAACAUGUUGACUCACCCUACUUGUAGAGAAACACCAAUGCUAUCCUCCUUGCUUUCAUGUUGCCAAAACGGUCUAUGACUCUGUCAUACAGUAAACGCUUUUCGUUUUUGUUGUCCUAGGCUACCUGGCUAAAAUGCUUGCUAACUAGCCUAACUUCCUGGGCAAUGAUGAGCCAGCUAGUUAACAUUAGCCUACUACGUCUAGCUACAUAUUGAACUUCCAUCCUCUCAGGCCAGGGACACAAUGUACAGUGAGGGGAAAAAAGUAUUUGAUCCCCUGCUGAUUUUGUAAGUUUGCCCACUGACAAAGAAAUGAUCAGUCUAUAAUUUUAAUGGUAGGUUUAUUUGAACAGUGAGAGACAGAAUAACAACAACAAAAUCCAGAAAAACACAUGUCAAAAAUGUUAUCAAUUGAUUUGCAAAACCCUUGUUGGCAAUCACAGAGGUCAGACGUUUCUUGUAGUUGGCCACCAGGUUUGCACACAUCUCAGGAGGGAUUUUGUCCCACUCCUCUUUGCAUCUUCUCCAAGUCAUUAAGGUUUCGAGGCUGACGUUUGGCAACUCAAACCUUCAGCUCCCUCCACAGAUUUUGUAUGGGAUUAAGGUCUGGAGACUGGCUAGGCCACUCCAGGACCUUAAUGUGCUUCUUCUUGAGCCACUCCUUUGUUGCCUUGGCCGUGUGUUUUGGGUCAUUGUCAUGCUGGAAUACCCAUCCACAACCCAUUUUCAAUGCCCUGGCUGAGAGAAGGAGGUUCUCACCCAAGAUUUGAUGGUACAUGGCCCCGUCCAUCGAAACCUUAAUGACUUGGAGAAGAUUUGCAAAGAAGAGUGGGACAAAAUCCCUCCUGAGAUGUGUGCAAACCUGGUGGCCAACUACAAGAAACGUCUGACCUCUGUGAUUGCCAACAAGGGUUUUGCAAAUCAAUUGAUAACAUUUUUGUUAUUUUGUUAUUAUUUUUUGAUGUGUUUUUCUGGAUUUUGUUGUUGUUAUUCUGUCUCUCACUGUUCAAAUAAACCUACCAUUAAAAUUAUAGACUGAUCAUGUCUUUGUCAGUGGGCAAAAGUACAAAAUCAGCAGGGGAUCAAAUACUUUCCCUCACUGUAGAUAGUUUUUGUACUUGUUUCCUCCAGCAUUUUCACAAGGGUCUUUGCUGUUGUUCUGGGAUUGAUUUGCACUUUUCGCACCAAAGUACGUUAAUCUCUAGGAGACAGAAUGCGUCUCCUUCCUGAGCGGUAUGACGGCUGCGUUGUCCCAUGGUAUUUGUACUUGCUUACUAUUGUUUGUACAGAUGAACGUGGUACCUUCAGGCGUUUGAAAAUUGCUCUCAAGGAUGAACCAGACUUGUGGAGGUCUACAAUUUGUUUUCUGAGGUCUUGGCUGAUUUCUUUAGAUUUUCCCAUGAUGUCAAGCAAAUAGGCACAUAGUUUGAAGGUAGGCCUUGAAAUACAUCCAAAGGUACACCUCCAAUUGACUCAAAUGAUGUCAAUUAGCCUAUCAGAAGCUUCUAAAGCCAUGACAUCAUUUUCUGGCAUUUUCAAAGCUGUUUAAAGGCACAGUCAACUUAGUGUAUGUAAACAUCUGAGCAACUAGAAUUGUGAUACAGUGAAUUAUAAGUUAAAUAAUCUGUCUGUAAACAAUUGUUGGAAAAAUGACUUGUGUCAUGCACAAAGUAGAUGUCCAAACCGACUUUCCAAAACUAUAGUUUGUUAACAAGAAAUGUGUGGAGUGGUUGAAAAACGAGUUUUAAUGACUCCAACCUAAGUUUAUGUAAACUUCCGACUUCAACUGUGUGUAUAUAUAUACAGUGGGGAAAAAAAGUAUUUAGUCAGCCACCAAUUGUGCAAGUUCUCCCACUUAAAAAGAUGAGAGAGGCCUGUAAUUUUCAUCAUAGGUACACGUCAACUAUGACAGACACAUGGAGAAAAAAUAAUCCUGAAAAUCACAUUGUACGAUUUUUUAUGAAUUUAUUUGCAAAUUAUGGUGGAAAAUAAGUAUUUGGUCACCUACAAACAAGCAAGAUUUCUGGCUCUCACAGACCUGUAACUACUUAUUUAAGAGGCUCCUCUGUCCUCCACUCGUUACCUGUAUUAAUGGCACCUGUUUGAACUUGUUAUCAGUAUAAAAGACACCUGUCCACAACCUCAAACAGUCACACUCCAAACUCCACUAUGGCCAAGACCAAAGAGCUGUCAAAGGACACCAGAAACAAAAUUGUAGACCUGCACCAGGCUGGGAAGACUGAAUCUGCAAUAGGUAAGCAGCUUGGUUUGAAGAAAUCAACUGUGGGAGCAAUUAUUAGGAAAUGGAAGACAUACAAGACCACUGAUAAUCUCCCUCGAUCUGGGGCUCCACGCAAGAUCUCACCCCGUGGGGUCAAAAUGAUCACAAGAACGGUGAGCAAAAAUCCCAGAACCACACGGGGGGACCUGCAGAGAGCUGGGACCAAAGUAACAAAGCCUACCAUCAGUAACACACUACGCCGCCAGGGACUCAAAUCCUGCAGUGGCAGACGUGUCCCCCUGCUUAAGCCAGUACAUGUCCAGGCCCGUCUGAAGUUUGCUAGAGUGCAUUUGGAUGAUCCAGAAGAGGAUUGGGAGAAUGUCAUAUGGUCAGAUGAAACCAAAAUAGAACUUUUUGGUAAAAACUCAACUCGUCGUGUUUGGAGGACAAAGAAUGCUGAGUUGCAUCCAAAGAACGCCAUACCUACUGUGAAGCAUGGGGGUGGAAACAUCAUGCUUUGGGGCUGUUUUUCUGCAAAGGGACCAGGACGACUGAUCUGUGUAAAGUAAAGAAUGAAUGGGGCCAUGUAUCGUGAGAUUUUGAGUGAAAACCUCCUUCCAUCAGCAAGGGCAUUGAAGAUUAAACGUGGCUGGGUCUUUCAGCAUGACAAUGAUCCCAAACACACCGCCUGGGCAACAAAGGAGUGGCUUCGUAAGAAGCAUUUCAAGGUCCUGGAGUGGCCUAGCCAGUCUCCAGAUCUCAACCCCAUAGAAAAUCUUUGGAGGGAGUUUAAAGUCUGUGUUGCCCAGCGACAGCCCCAAAACAUCACUGCUCUAGAGGAGAUCUGCAUGGAGGAAUGGGCCACACACCAGCAACAGUGUGUGAAAACCUUGUGAAGACUUACAGAAAACGUUUGACCUGUGUCAUUGCCAACAAAGGGUAUAUAACAAAUAUAUAUAUAAACUUUUGUUAUUGACCAAAUACUUAUUUUCCACCAUAAUUUGCAAAUAAAUUCAUUAAAAAUCCUACAAUGUGAUUUUCUGGAUUUUUUUCCUCAUUUUGUCUGUCAUAGUUGACGUGUACCUAUGAUGGAAAUUACAGGCCUCUCUCAUAUUUUUAAGUGGGAGAACUUGCACAAUUGGUGGCUGACUAAAUACUUUUUUUCCCCACUGUAUAUAUAUAUAUAUAUAUAACUCAGCAAAAAAAGAAACGUCCCUUUUUCAGGACCCUGUCUUUCAAAGAUAAUUUUUACAAAUCCAAAUAACUUCACAGAUCUUAAUUAAUUAAUGAACAUGCACCCGUGGAACGGUCGUUAAGACACUAACAGCUUACAGACGGUAGGCAAUUAAGGUCACAGUUAUGAAAACUUAGGACAUUAAAGAGGCCUUUCUACUGACUCUGAAAAACACUAAAGGAAAGAUGCCCAGGGUCCCUGCUCAUCUGUGUGAACGUGCCUCAGGCAUGCUGCAAGGAGGCAUGCGGACUGCAGAUGUGGCCAGAGCAAUAAAUUGCAAUGUCCGUACUGUGCGACGCCUAAGACAGCGCUACAGGGAGACAGGAUGGACAGCUGAUCAUCCUCGCACUGGCAGACCACGUGUUACAACACCUGCACAGGAUCGGUUCAUUCGAACAUCACACCUGCGGGACAGGUACAGGAUGGCAACAACAACUGCCCGAGUUACACCAGGAACGCACAAUCCCUCCAUCAAUGCUCAGACUGUCCGCAAAAGGCUGAGAGAUGCUGGACUGAAGGCUUGUAGGCCUGUUGUAAGGCAGGUCCUCACCAGACAUCACCGGCAACAACGUCGCCUAUGGGCACAAACCCACUGUCGCUGGACCAGACAGGACUAGCAAAAAGUGCUCUUCACUGUCGAGACACGGUUUUGUCUCACCAGAUGUGAUGGUCGGAUUCACGUUUAUCGUCGAAGGAAUGAGCGUUUCACCGAGGCCUGUACUCUGGAGCGGGAUCGAUUUGGAGGUGGAGGGUCCGUCAUGGUCUGGGGUGGUGUGUCACAGCAUCAUCGGACUGCGCUUGUCAUUGCAGGUAAUCUCAACGCUGUGCGUUACAGGGAAGACAUCCUCCUCCCUCAUGUGGUACCCUUCCUGCAUGCUCAUCCUGACAUGACCCUCCAGCAUGACAAUCCCCCAGGUACUGAUUAGGUGAUCACAUGAACCAAAUAUUAUUUAACGAGGAAAAGUAUAAAAAUCACUGCUGUGGUCAUCACUAUCCUCUUGCAAUAGGACCAGCUGGAUGGCAAAAACAGUGCUAAUAGUACCUCAAAAGUAAUAUUAAUCAAAAAAUAACUAUUGACCAUGCCAAAAGAGUUGAAAAUGAACGUUUUGUGUAGGAAAAGAAGGGUUCAAUUCUGGCUUUACUGGCAGAGGGAUACAGUGAGCGUCAAGUUGCUUCCAUCCUUCAAAUUUCAAAGACGGCGGUUCAUAAGAACAAGGUCAAGCAGCAGACAUUGGGGACAACAAAGCUACAGACCGGCAGAGGGCGAAAACGACUCUCUACUGACCGGGAUGACCGCCAACUCAUUCGAAUGUCACUCAACAACCGUAGGAUGACAUCAAGUGACCUACAAAAAGAAUGGCAAACGGCAGCUGGGGUGAAGUGCACGGCGAGUUCGAAACAGGCUCCUAGGGGCAGGGCUGAGGUCGUGCAAAGCUAGAAAAAAGCCCUUCAUCAAUGAGAAGCAAAGAAAAGCCAGGCUGAGGUUUGCAAAAUACCAUAAGGAUUGGACCGUAGAGGACUGGAGUAAGGUCAUCUUCUCUGAUGAGUCCAAUUUUCAGCUUUGCCCAACACCUGGUCGUCUAAUGGUUAGACGGAGACCUGGAGAGGCCUACAAGCCACAGUGUCUCGCACCCACUGUGAAAUUUGGUGGAGGAUCGGUGAUGAUCUGUGGGUGGUUCAGCAAGGCUGGAAUUGGGCAGAUUUGUCUUUGUGAAGGACGCAUGAAUCAAGCCACGUACAAGGUUGUCCUGGAAGAAAACUUGCUUCCUUUUGCUCUGACAUUGUUCCCCAACUCUGAGGAUUGGUUUUUCCAGCAGGACAAUGCACCAUGCCACACAGCCAGGUCAAUCAAGGUGUGGAUGGAGGACCACCAGAUCAAGACCCUGUCAUGGCCAGCCCAAUCUCCAGACCUGAACCCCAUUGAAAACUUCUGGAAUGUGAUCAAGAGGAAGAUGGAUGGUCACAAGCCAUCAAACAAAGCCAAGCUGCUUGAAUUCUUGCGCCAGGAGUGGCAUAAAGUCACCCAACAUCAACGUGAAAGACUGUUGGAGAGCAUGCCAAGACGCAUGAAAGCUGUGAUUGAAAAUCAGGGUUAUUAAGUUAAAACAUUACUAUUGUGUUGUUUAAAAAUGAACAUUAACUUAUAUUAUUUGCAUUAUUCGAGGUCUGGCAACACUGCAUCUUUUUUGUUAUUUUGCACAGUUGUCAUUUUCUGCAAAUAAAUGCUCUAAAUGACAAUAUUUUUAUUUGGAAUUUGGGAGAAAUAUUGUCAGUAGUUUAUAGAAUAAAACAGAAAUGUUAUUUUUACCCAAACAUACCUAUAAAUAGUAAAACCAGAGAAACUGAUAAUUUUGCAGCGGUCUCUUCAUUUUUUCUGCAGCUUUAUAUAUAUAUCAACACAGGAAAAAUGUUUUUACUGCACUGGACCUUUUAACCAGCUAAACAACUGCUCUUAUGCCAUGUUUACGUGCUAGUCGGAACUAGGAAAGUGUCUACUUGCUAACUGGUUGAAUGCGGCACGUGUAUAACUACAACCAGUUAGUAAAUCGAAAAUUUUUGAGUUUCCUAGUUCCGACUAGCACGUGAACCCGGCAUUAGCGUAAAUGUGUUUGGAGUUACCUUUCUAGCUAAUAUGCUAUUUUAGAGUUUACACUUCCUCUUCCAGUUAUAAUAUGCAGAGAUCCAAAUAAUGUAACUAUCUACCAAAUCUAUUCAUUUUAAAACGUUGACUACUUCUCCUUGCCAUUAUCCUUCACCUGAAAAGAUAAGACGUGCAAAAAAAAAUUUUUUGCUAACGUAUGAUGGGGGUCCCCCCUUGGUGCACACUACACAGCUGAUUCAAAUAACCAACUCAUCAUCAAGCUUUGAUUAUUUGAAUCAGCUGUGUAAUAUUAGGGCAAAAUCAAAACAUGCACCUGGGGGGACGGGGGGGGGGGUCCCAGAACUGAGUUUGGGAAACUCUGGUCUAGACUGUUAACGUUGGUGCAUCGUGAAGCCUACAUAAUGUAGGAUCUGGGAAUUUCCACAUCAGGAUGGCACAAAGAUAUUCAUAAUGUUUUGGAUCUUCCUGAAAUAAAAUCCAUAGAGAGGUACUUUAGGGGAAGGAUGUUUGGCAUAACUUUAAAGUCUGUGUCAAAAAUUAUUAUUAACAAAUAAUUGAUUUUGAGAUUUUGGACUUACCCAGGCCUUUAAGGUGCUACAAUGAUGAGUCUGUAAAUGCUACAAAGCCAGUCUUGGUGUCUUAAUCGAGGUGUCUUGAUCUCUUAAUUAUUAAAUGACUGAGUAAAUCAAUCUGGACAUUUAUUUGACUGACAUAUAAACCAUAAAGAUUUCUAUACAUUAUUUAUACACAGGAGGAAGAGUAGAGAUAAUGCAUUGAACCUUAAACCGAUUCACACAUAUACCGAAGGAAGAGAAAGCGUGAUGGUAUUUUAAAGAUAUCAAUUAUUUAUCCACCCCUAUUGCCCUUGCCCCCACAGGAGGUUGAGGAGGACGACCCUGUCCCAGAGAUCCGUAAGGACCACUUUGAGGAGGCCAUGCGUUUCGCCCGCCGCUCGGUCAGCGACAACGACAUCCGCAAAUACGAGAUGUUCGCCCAGACAUUACAGCAGAGCAGAGGCUUCGGCAGCUUCCGGUAAGAACACGCAUAGCAUACAGCGGAUGAUGGUGUUGAAUAAUACUGUUAGGUAACUCUUUCUGCUCCCGUAUGUCCUAGAUCAUUUCAAGCCUAUAUACACCCAGUGGGAACAUUCAUUGAACUUUUCUUCUUACAAAGUACAUCUACUCUAUAUACAGCUAACAAGCCAUACGUUUUACAUAAGGAAUGUUCUGGCACUACUAAGCUGGCUCCCCCUGAUAUGUACUGUACUGAACUAAACAAUUACUCUCCCGUCCUCUCCUCGUCUCAGGUUCCCCACUAGCUCUGCGCCAGGCGCCGGGCCCAGCCAGGGCUCUGCUGGUGGCAGCGGUGGCACAGUCUUCAACGAGGACAACGAUGACGACCUCUAU